UAUUGAGUGUCUGAAACCGAGUCCUUGAAAGUGGAACUUGAGAUGCACUCUAGUUUGCGCCAUGGCUGACGAGAUAACUAAAGCGCAGACUGCUGAACCUGGCGGAGAUACAAUAUUUGGGAAAAUUAUCCGCAAGGAGAUUCCAGCAAAGAUUUUCUAUGAAGAUGAUCAGUGCAUAGCCUUCCACGAUGUGACUCCGCAGGCACCCACUCAUUUCUUAGUUGUCCCAAGAAAACCAAUCGUCCAACUGUCUAAAGCAGAAGAUUGUGAUGCAGUCUUACUGGGUCACAUGAUGAUCGUGGCCAAGAAGUGUGCUGAGCAGGUUGGCCUGCCCAAGGGCUACAGGCUGGUGGUCAACGACGGCCCGGAUGGCGGCCAAUCAGUCUACCACAUCCACAUCCACGUGAUGGGUGGGCGCCAGAUGGGCUGGCCCCCUGGUUAGCCGAUCCCUGCUGCUGAAACAGACAUUACUUAUUACUGUCACUUCUGUAUUCCCGUUUCAAGAAAAUGCUGUCCCCUUGCUACUCUAUGGGAUGUCAACAACUCUGUCAUGUAGACUUAAUAGGGAACACUUUCUCUGUUGAAUAAAUGCACGUCACAAAG